UUCGCUAUCGCAGUAUGUUUUGUUAUAGAACUUAAUUUCAAUGGAAAUUUACUAGACAAAAAUAUAAAUGGAACACCAAUCAGAUAUGGGGGCUUACGGAGAAAGCCCUAAUGUACAAAAUAGUGGUAAUUAUAUUACAAUUAUUCCAGUCGAUUACUCUCGACGUGGAUAUCCCAUUCAAGCCGAAUAUCAGUACAAUUUCAAAAUUUCCAGCGAAUUCCGAUCACGGGAGGAAUACUAUUCAGUGCAAAGUCAGAAACUACAAGCAGAAGUAAAUGCCCACUUAUACUCAGUCUCCCAGAGGUUACCCCACUUAUCCUAUAGUCCUUUAGGCCGGCAUAAUGAGUGGGACAAACAUGAUAACCAUAAGCCACUUCCCGAUUCGAAGGAGAGCAAUAGUUCUGACUCACUGGAGAAAAGUGUUAUGGGAUCAAACCUAAGUAGUUGUUCAAAUCAAACAGGAUCAAGUAGCAUAGCUGCUGGGUCCUUUAGUACCACAGAACCCAUCACAAGUGGGGGCAGUUCAUCUAGUGCGAUAUCACCACCACUACCAGGAUCAUCAGGUAGUACUGCAUCAUCGUCGACGGGUACCUCAAACCCAGUAACAUGCGUGUAUCUAAUGUCACGAGUGGCUGUAAUGGUGGAGAUGAGUUCAGAAGAAGUGCCAUCUUGUGUGACAACAGCUAGGUUUCUCAGCGCUGUACUUUCCGCUGAGGAGUUGGGGUUAAAUACACCCAGUGUAAGGAAUCUCGCUGCUAAUGUGUUCGCGUUGUGGAUGUGCAGUCCUUUGUUAGAAAUCCAAUUAAAGCCCCACCAUUGCCCUUGGAAGAUAUGGGCUGGUUGGCAGAAGUUGGUCCAACGGUACGGCCACGCGUCUGAGUCCCGGCGAUCUAGAGACCAACCAGCACUGAGGCUGCAGAGGAAUGUGUUCUUUCCGAAGCAUUUGGAAGAGGGAAUAAAGGAUUCCCGUAUCCAAGAGUUGUUAUACGAAGAAGCCCGUCAUAACGUGGUCACAGGGCGGUAUCCCUUAGAGAGCGCACAGGCCCUGAUGCUGGGCGGUCUUCAAGCGCGCAUACAACUUGGACCCUAUGACCCACAUCGACAUACCGCUAAGUUCUUUAGGGAAAACCAAGACAAAUAUCUACCGAAACACGCGCGGUCCGGUCGUUGGGCGCGUCUAUUGCCCGCCGGUCGUAAGGGAAGUCCAGAAGCCAAGUUGUUGGAACAGGCUCAACGACCACCAGCAGCUCCGCCACGGAAACUGAGGCAUAAAUACUUGGCACAUACUAGAACACUGCCUACGUAUGGCGCUGCAUUCUUCCAAGGUCAAAUAGAACAGCCAGUACGAAGUCUAACCAGCUUAUUAACCCACGAAGAUAUACCAGUUCUGGUCGCUGUUAAUUCCAAUGGAGUUUAUGUUAUUGACGACACUGAAAGUACGGUAUUACUGGGUCUGCUAUAUGAGGAGCUAUCCUGGGAUAUCGGUCUACCAUCAGACGACAAUGAAGACUGUCUCCCAUGCUUGUUCCUGCAGUUCAUGGUGGUGGAAAAUGGUCUGCGGGUAUCUAAGAUAUUACAGGUGUUCUCAAAACAAGCGGUAAUGAUGGACACACUUAUAGAGCAUUUCGCGGGAGAAUACAGAAAGCGACUGGGUCAAGAGACACCCAGUGAUCACGCUAAUUAUGACUAUCAUUCUGACUCAGGCAGCAUAUCCCUACCCCCCCUCUCCCGCCCGGACUCCCCCCAACGUCGUCUAGCGAACAAACUCUCCCGACUAGCGCUCGCAACGCACGACGGGCGCGGCAACCUGCUGGGGGGCGCGGGCGACUGGUCCACGGGGAUACACCACCCCCAGCCAUCUUGGAUCCUACCCAAACAUUAAAUUAUUUGAGACGAACGUUGUUUUAUUUACUAUUUUCCGAAAUGUUGAUACAAACAGAGCAAAAUAAAAAAAAUAAAAAUCACAGAUUAAAUAGAUACUACAUAUAAAAUGGCUCAACAUCUAGCGAAUAAACUCUCGACUCGCGCUCGCAACGCACGACG